GUCUAGUCUCUUCCAAAUACUCUACCAAAUACUCAAGAUGUCCGUCUCAUCUGCUCUGCUUCCUCAUGCAAUAACCAUUGUCGACGGUCUACCAGCUCUGAUUGAAAACGCGCUCCGACACGACGUCGAUAACAAUAUCUUGGAAAAUCAGUGUGCUAGCCAUCGAAGUUAUAUCGGAGUACUUGAGAAGAGUAUCGCACAAGAGCGACUAGAGCAAAGCAUCAUUCGAAGUAGGAUAUCUGCUAUCCGUGGAAAUACAACACAACCUGAGUCCUUGCCAUCUUUCCUCGCUUCUCCUGACGGUCCUGUCACCACAAUACGUAGUGCUCCUUCCAAAAAGGAAUAUACUUCGCUUUUGACAUCUCCUGAUCCGCCUGUCUCCACGAGGAACAAACGCAAAGGAACUGCCUUGAACACGGACGAAAGGGUGAUCAAGAAGAUUAGGCUUGCUAACAAUGCGGGUCCUCGUGGUGAUGCUGCUACUGGAUCAGUACCGGAUGCUUGAAUGCGAAUACUGGGUCUCGCUGGUCUUGUUCUGUGCGGUGCUCUCCCGCUGUAUCUGCUUAUGACGAUGAUCCUCCUCUCCUUCAACACGAUUUCUUCCGGUAUAGGUUGCUGCUGCGAAGAUCCGUAUUCGUCAGUCUCGGUAGAAUUUAAUGCCAUAACAGGUCGGCUUAGGCCCUAUGUCUGC